AUGGGUAGAUACGGCACGGCGAAUAGGAUAUGGAGCAUUUGGCAGAAAAAAGACACACGUCUGAUCGAGAUCAUGAGCGUUUAUUUGAGGGCAGCCCCUGUCUUCCUCAUCCAGGAGGGAGCGCAUGUCGUAGAACAGCGCUCCAUGUGGAACUUCCGAAGCCAAUCGACUCCUGAGAGACCUGAGGGUCAGUCGCAGGUUCUCGGUUACGAAUGGGUGUCCCUUGCAUCGUAUUGGCUGGGAUCAGGCUACCAAACCAGGGUGCCCAGAGUGCCCAAGAUGACUCUUAUUCCUUGGACAUAUAUUGUUUGUCAAGUGGAUAGAAAAGUGUGUGAUGGAGUAUCCGAACGUGGAAACUACUACCAAGAAUGGGUCAAUGUAGAUCUGGAGAUACAACUGUGCUAUAGUGUGCCAUAUGUGGUCCACAUUAACCUUAUUCAGAAGCUAGAAUAG